UGCGUGUCGGAAGUUCCUGCGGUAGAAAUCUGGAAGACUGACGCUUCGUGGCUGUGUGUCUAGUGAGACGAGUUAAGGGUCAGCACGUCGAUCUCUAGAUUCUUGGCUCUGUCGCCUCUGACUUCUUGCCUAGCGAUGGCGACGUACACCUGCAUCACCUGCCGGGUGGCGUUCCGCGACGCGGAGAUGCAGCGGGCCCACUACAAGACGGACUGGCACCGCUACAACCUGAGGCGCAAGGUGGCCGGCAUGGCCCCGGUCACAGCCGAAGGCUUUCAGGAGCGAGUGCGCGCGCAGCGGGCCGUGGCCGAGGAGGAGAGCAAGGGCACGGCCACCUACUGCACCGUCUGCAGCAAGAAGUUCGCCUCUUUCAACGCCUAUGAGAACCACCUCAAGUCCCGGCGGCACGUGGAGCUGGAGAAGAAGGCCGUGCAGGCGGUGAAUCGGAAAGUGGAGAUGAUGAACGAGAAGAACUUGGAGAAAGGACUGGGCGUGGACAGUGUGAAUAAGGAUGCCAUGAACGCGGCCAUCCAGCAGGCCAUCAAGGCCCAGCCGUCCAUGUCCCCCAAGAAGGCGCCCUCCUCGGUCCCCGCAGAAGAGUCCAGCAGGGCCAUGGCCUCCGGUGGCCGUGGAGCACACGACCGAGACCACGCAGAAAAACCGCCCCGGCUGCAGUGGUUUGAACAGCAGGCCAAGAAGUUGGCCAAGCAGCAGGGGGAGGAAAGCGAGGAGGAAGAGGAGGAGGAGGACCUGGAUGAAGAAGAUUGGGAAGAUAUUGAUUCUGAGGAAGAGAUGGAGAUGGAAGAUACUGAGGUUGUGGACCACUCAGAUGGGCCCGAUGCCAAGGAGGAAGAAGCCAGCAAAAGCCCACCCCUGGGAGCCAUCCCUGUCACGGACUGCUUGUUCUGUUCCCAUCAUUCGAGCUCCCUUGUGAAGAACGUGGCUCACAUGACUAAAGUCCACAGCUUCUUUAUUCCCGACAUAGAAUAUCUUUCUGACCUUAAGGGACUGAUUAAAUAUUUGGGAGAAAAAGUUGGUGUUGGGAAGAUUUGCUUGUGGUGCAAUGAGAAAGGGAAAUCUUUCUACUCCACGGAGGCUGUACAGGCCCACAUGAAUGACAAAAGCCACUGCAAGCUCUUCACAGAUGGCGACGCUGCUUUGGAAUUUGCAGACUUCUAUGAUUUUCGGAGUAGCUACCCAGAUCACAAGGAAGGGGAGGGCGCUGAUGAGACUGAGGAGUUGCCCUCAGAAAAGAACUUGGAGUACGAUGACGAGACCAUGGAGCUGAUUCUGCCCUCGGGCGCCAGAGUGGGUCACCGCUCGCUGAUGCGAUACUACAGGCAGCGAUUCGGCUUGUCCAGGGCUGUGACCAUGGCUAAGAAUCAGAAGGCCGUGGGCAGGGUGCUGCGGCAGUACCGAGCCCUGGGCUGGACUGGCAGCACAGGCGCGGCACUGGCGCGAGAGCGGGACAUGCAGUACGUCCAGAGGAUGAAGUCCAAGUGGCUGCUGAAGACGGGCAUGCAGAACAACGCCACCAAGCAGAUGCACUUCCGGCCCCAAGUGCGCUUCUGAGUCUGCUGCCGGCCGAGUGAGGUGUGGACCACUGUGCGAGCCUCGUCCUUGCUGAGGACCGGGGCCUGCGGCGGGGACCACCCUGUCGCUGCUAUUCGUUGGUCCUGAAGCUGUAAUAAAAGUGAUCACAGUGGUUUCA